CGCCAUGACCAGUCUGGUAGACUCGCUCUUCAACUGCGACGACCUCUACACCAACGCCCUCGUCACCUACGCCACCUCCCUCCCACCUCUCGCCGUCAACGUCACUGUCCACCGCUCACCCCUAUGGGCACAGACACAAGGAGGGGCCAUGUGGGUGCUCGACACUCGAUGGAGGGAGCAUCGCCGGCAGUGCAUUCAGAAAAUCAACGACUAUUUCUUGUCAAAGCCUGUGUUGGCGAGUGUGGGCAAAGCGGCGGCUCAGAGGCCAGUGGUGCUGCAUGGUGGUGAUGGUGGUGGUGGUGGUGUGGUUGUUGACACUGGGACGGUGUUCAAGCGGUGGAGCCGUGUGGUGGAGUGUGCUGGGGGGAGGGAGCCGCAGACGCCCGUUGGCUAGAGACGUUGAUUGACUGACUUAGCGACACAGACAGACAGACAGACAGAC